AUGCCCCAAGCGUCGUCGGAGCGGGCCGCAAGCCAACCGAAGCGCAGGUACACGUCAAAGGCGUGCGAGGAGUGUCGGCGCCGAAGGGCAAAGUGUGAUGGACUGCGGCCCAUUUGUGGCCGAUGUUCCGAACGUGCCAUCAAUUGUCUCUAUAGGAGUGAAGAGGACGGCCGUAAGCCUGCUUCAAAGACAUACGUACAACUUUUGAGAAACCGGAUCGAUCUCCUGGAAGCCGUGUUGCAGUCCCACACCAUCGAUGUCGAGGCUGCCGUCGCCCAGCUCUCGGCCACCGGAUCAGCACCACAACUACCGUCCAUCGCCAGCACUUUAGCAACCGGUAGCGAUGCUGGACUCAGCGUUUCGGCUUUUGACGACCUAUGUGCCACCUUUGAAGGAGCUCUCUCCCUGGAUGAAUCGGUGAACUAUGAUCAGGAUGGAGAGAUGCGAUACUUCGGCCCGGCGAGCGGCCGCUUAGAGUUCCAGAGUGAAUCUACGCCCGAGUCCGACGAUCAUGGCAGCCCAUUGACAUCCAAGUCCACGGAGACUAACCGUUACAUCCUUCCUCUGGAGGCAGACGUCUACCCGGAUGAUCUUACUACAGAACUGAUAGACUUGUUCUUUGAGUAUCAAAACCCCUGGUGCCAAGUGGUUGAUGAGAAGCUAUUCAGAGAGAGUAUGAGAACGCGGGGUCGCUUCUUUAGUCCUUGUUUACUCAACUGUAUACUUGCUCUGGGAUCACGCUACUCCGAUAGGACCGACACCCGUUCCAUCCCAGACGACCAAAACUCGGCCGGCAAAGUCUUUCUCCAGAAAGCUGAAGUCCUUUUACAUUAUGACAUGAAACGACCGAACAUCACGACAAUUCAGUCAAUGUCCAUUUUAGUCGGGGUCUAUGUGUCCUACGGAUGCGAUGCUGCCGGAUGGCUACACCAAGGAAUGGCAAAUCGACUAGCUCUUGACAUGGGACUCAACCUUGACGCGUCGUCGUUGUCUGGCACGUGCCACAUGUCCAACGAAGAAGUAGAGUUGAGACGACAGAUUUAUUGGGCCCUAUACUGUGACGACAAACUUGCCGCCAUAUACACGGGGCGAGUCUGUAGUCUUUUGGAUGUCCAAGGCGCUGUCCAUUUACCGUCAACAUACACACCGGAACAAAUGAGUGCUGGAGCAGCAAACGACUCAUGCGACGUAAACAGAUGCAAUAAAAAGGUCCUCGUACACCGCGGUCUAAUAGGCCUCUGUCGAAUCCUUGAGAACAUCCUCCUGGCUCUAUACGCCCCAAAACCACUCUAUAAAGGCCCGCAAAGGAUAUCCUUCCUCCAAUCCUGCACCCUCGAGCUCAAAACCUGGUUCUACGAACUCCCCGCUGACCUCCGCAUCGACAAACACAACGACCUGCCCCAAGUCUACACCCUCCACAUGGUCUACCAUACCUGCUGCAUCCUCCUCUUCAAGCCCUUCCUCCUCAAAUCCAAAGACACGCCCCCGGCCAACAAAACAGACACGGCUAAACGCGCAGAGGUCCUCUGCAUCGAGUCGGCCAAACGUAUCUGCCACGCCGGCAAAAAGUACCGCCAGGUCUUUGGCUCGUUCCGGCGGAGCCCUAUCACCGCGACGCACUGCACGCUCACCGCAGCGCUGGUGCUUAUUCAGUACGCGAGCCCUGACCCGGAGUUUGCGAAUACGGGAAGGCCGUGUUGUACCGUCUACAUUGAAGCGUGUCUGGAGGUCCUGGCGGAGCUGGGCAUCUCCUGGCGUCCUGCCGCGAAGAUGCGGUCCGAUCUGAUCAAGUACCUGCACCAGAAAUACCCGGAGCGGAUGCCAAACUCCAUCCUGCAGGAGCAAGAUGCCCGCAAGGACCCGGAUCCGGAUCCAACGGCACCGGCAUCGGCGGCGGUGGUAGAAAGCGACACCAAUGGUGCAGUAUCAAGUUCUAUGCAGCCGCAGCCGACGCUAGAGCAGAGCCUGUGUCCCUUGAUCAACAUGAUUGACCAAGACUUCACGUGGGACGAGUCCAGCGCGGCGGACCAGACGCUCCAGGGGGCGUUGCUGAGUCACGGCGGAUCGGAGUCGGCUUUCAACACGCAAUUCGCUCUGGCGGAUUCUAUCGGUGAACUUGGCGAGCAGAAUGGUCUGAGUUUCAUGGAUGAUAGCUUCUGGGCGGGGAUGAAUUUCGACAUGAAUCUCGAAAUGCAAAAUCCGUGA